GUUUCGUCGUGGUCAUAAGAUGUUUUAGUUUCGUCAACUUUGGUAGUUUUUAAAUUUUCAUUUCUCUUUAUGGUCUAGGCAAUAUUCUUCAAAAUGGAGAAGGACGUGGAUGUUGAGUCACGCAUUACCCGUAAGGCAUUAAUAAUGCCCAAACUGCCCAACGUCCUAACACUAGAAGAAAAAAAAUUUCUCUUGGCCGUUGAACGCGGAGAUUUAGGCAACGUCAGAAGGAUGCUCCAAAAAGCGUAUCGAAAAAAAACCGCUUUGGAUGUUAACUGUAUGGACAGUCUCGGCAGAGGGGCAUUAACAAUAGCAAUAGAUCAGGAAAACUUGGAAAUGGUCGAACUGCUAGUGGUAAUGGGAGUGGAAACCAAAGAUUCUUUACUCCAUGCUAUCAAUGUUGAGUUUGUGGAGGCUGUAGAGCUCCUUUUGGAACAUGAAGAGCUCAUACAUAAAGAUGGUGAACCAUACAGCUGGCAAAAAGUAGAUAUUAACACGGCUAUGUUCACCCCAGAUAUUACUCCCCUUAUUUUGGCUGCUCAUAGGAAUAACUACGAAAUCCUUAAGAUUUUGCUGGACAGAGGAGCUACGGUUCCAAUGCCUCAUGAUAUAAAAUGCGGCUGUGAUGAAUGUAUACAAAAAUCCGAAGAAGAUUCCCUUCGACACUCUUUAUCGAGACUAAACGAAUACAAAGCCCUUGCCAGUCCGUCCCUAAUAGCUCUCUCCUCAAGUGAUCCCUUGCUGACAGCUUUCCAGUUGUCUUGGGAGCUACGAAAUUUGGCAUUCGCUGAACCUGAAUGUAAAUCUGAAUAUAUGGAUUUGCGUCUUCAGUGUCAGCAGUUUGCCGUAGAUUUGUUACACCAGUCCCGAAAUUCUCAGGAACUAGCUAUAAUAUUAAACCACGAUCCAGAGAAUCCUCCGUAUGAAGAAGGAGAACACAUGAAACUAGCUAGAUUGGAGCUAGCUAUACAGUACAAACAGAAAAAGUUUGUGUCGCAUCCAAACAUUCAACAACUGCUAGCAGCUAUUUGGUACGAAGGUGUUCCAGGUUUUCGAAGAAAAUCAUCAAAAGAGAAAAUAAUGAUCACUGUGAGGGUAGCAGUAUUAUUUCCGUUCUACUGUAUGCUGUAUAUGAUUGCACCAGAAACACAUACAGGAAAACUGAUGAGGAAACCGUUCAUGAAAUUCUUGAUACAUGCAUCAUCGUAUUUAUUUUUUCUAUUGCUACUCAUUUUGGUGUCACUUAGAGCUGAUGACUUGGUCUUAGAACAUUUUGGAUCAGAUUCCAUGAAAGCAUAUGUAAUAGAGAAAUAUGAAAAACAAAGAGGCAAUCCUCCGACUAUUCUGGAAUAUGCUGUUCUUCUAUAUGUCAUAGGUUUCAUUUUCGAAGAGACUCAGGAAAUAUUCGUUGAAGGAAUUAAAUCCUAUCUAAGAAACUUAUGGAACUUUAUUGAUUUCACUAGAAACGUAUUAUAUACAGCAGUGUUCUUACUGCGUGUGGCUUCGUACUUUCAGCAGGCGGCUGAGAUUAAAAACGAUCCGUCCACAGCGUACAUCAGAAGAGAAGAAUGGUAUGCUUUUGAUCCGCAGCUCAUUGCUGAGGGUUUGUUCGCGGCUGCAAAUAUUUUUAGUGCCUUAAAACUAGUCCAUCUCUUUUCAAUCAAUCCUCACUUGGGACCAUUGCAGAUAUCUUUAGGUCGAAUGGUUAUCGACAUUGUCAAAUUCUUCUUUAUAUACUCAUUAGUUUUAUUCGCCUUUGCAUGUGGCCUUAAUCAACUAUUAUGGUACUUCUCUGACUUGGAGAAAAAGAAGUGCUAUCACCUACCAAAUGGUGAACCAGAUUUUGAUGGAGCUGCAGAUGCCUGUAUGAAAUGGAGGCGAUUUGCAAACGUCUUUGAGUCGUCGCAGUCACUAUUUUGGGCUAGUUUUGGAAUGGUUGACCUUUCCAGCUUUGAGCUAACUGGAAUUAAAACAUAUACCAGAUUCUGGGGUCUUUUAAUGUUUGGUUCAUACAGUGUGAUCAAUGUGAUCGUACUAUUGAACCUUCUUAUAGCUAUGAUGUCGAAUUCGUACGCUAUGAUAGAUGAACACUCAGAUACAGAGUGGAAAUUUGCCAGAACGAAGCUCUGGAUGAGUUAUUUCGAAGAAACUGGAACACUGCCCCCACCUUUUAACAUUUUCCCCAAACCAAAGAUGUUCUUCAAGCUUUUAGGAUUAAGGAAGAAGGACAAAAUGAGAAGAAUGUCGACUAAGAGAAGAAAUCGAGAAGAAAAAGAAAGGGACUACAGAUAUACAGCAGUUAUGAGAGCUCUUGUGUGGAGAUACGUGUCAGCCAUGCACAGGAAAUGUGAUGAGGCAAUGGUUACUGAGGACGAUGUAAACGAACUGAAAAGUGAUAUUUCUUCCUUUAGAUAUGAAAUACUAGAGGUUCUUGGAAAGAAUGGAAUGGAUAUUUCAUCCGCAGAGAGGAAAGAAAAAGCAAUAUUGGGUAAAAAGAUGAAAGUUUGGGAAAGGCGACUAAUGAAAGACUUCAAAGUAGCUCCAAUAUCUCAAGAAGAAGAUGAAGAUUUAGAGUUAUUUGCGCCUCCUCCAGAAAAUGAAGGCUCCUUGGCCAGAUUUCGAAGAAUAGCCAAACUAGCGGUCCUGGAUACGAACACCAUUAAGUGGAGACAAGUAGUGAAGAGUGCUCAGAUAGCGUCUCAAAUUGGUCGAUGCCAUAGAAAAGAUUCUUUAAAGAAACAGAUGAAUUUACAACGAGCAAUCGAGGAAGCACGACGGAUAACGUCAAAGAGCCCUGAGAACCUAUCAAGAGCAACUACUCCAGUAACUCCUAUAAUGUUACCAGAUCUGAGUGGAUCCGAAAUGAUGGGAUUAAUUACUGGAGAAAAAGGAAAGAAGAUAUAUGCUUUGAGUCCAAAUAUAACAGUAAAAAAAAUCACACCAACAGCAGCUACACCUACCAUCUCAAUUGAUCCACCUAAAACCAAUGUUACAAAAGAAACAUCUAGUCCUGCAUUUUCAAAACUUAAUAAAGAAGAGAAAGAUCUUAUUGAAUUUGAAAGCGCCAAAGCUUCUCCAGUGCCAAGCAUGAAACAAUCUGAAGAUUCGUCUUCGUCUGACUCCCUAGAUCAAAUCCUCAAGGAUAUUAACAUAUCAGAAACUGACUAUUCACAGGAUACUAUUACCUCACCUCCAAUAAUAGUGUCCCCUCCUCUGGAAGAGUCUGGAAGCCCAGGAAAAAAAUCUAUUGAUUCCUACAUUGACCCGAAACGUAAAACUAAUGUUGAAGAUGUGCUUGGUGAGGACUGGAAUCUAUCAGAAGAUGAAAAGUCAAUUGAAGAUAUACCAAAAGAAGAUGUCAUAUCUAUACCUAGACCGACCAGUCCCAUACCUAAAGUAUUAUUAAAAGAUCCACAGUCCCCUAAGAAAAGCAGCCUUAAAGGAAGUCCAAGCAGGAGUCCUGCUCCCUUAGAAUUAAAAUCCAUGUCUCCAAGUACACCAAAACAACCAAAGAGUCCAAAACGUACUCCAGAACCACCCAAGAGCCCAAAAUCUACUUCCGAUCCUAUAGAAUCCCCAACACCUAUUAGUCCACCUAAAAAAUGUAGUCCAACAAGAAAAACACCAGAACCAAUCGAUGUAGAAGCUACUGUAGCUAGUCCAGUUAAAGAAUCAGUUAUACGAAGAUCACCUAGUCCAAUUCACACACCAGAAUCGGUGGAAAAGGAAACCUUAGAUUUUAAAGAAGUAGAAUCUUCUACUGAAGAUGUUAAUAAAUCCAUAGAUGGCGAUAUAAUUGCUAAUGAACAAGUUUCCAAGACCAAAGAAGAUACAAAUACUGAAGAGAAGGUUGAAAAAUCCAGUUCAGAAUUAGAGUCAGAAGCAGAUGCAGAGGUAGCAGCUUUAACUCAGGAAGGACAAUCUGAGUAUGAAAGUAAGAAGACUCCAGAAAAAGUCAAAUCUGGACCAAAGCAUGUUGUAACGUUUGCAGACGAAAAAGAAAAACUACAGACUCCGCCACCGGUGACUUCCGCUAUGUCUCCCCUAGCGCUACGAAAUAUUCAGCGAGUUCAUACUACGAAAUCACAACCAAAAUAUGGUUGGUUAUAAAAACUUACAACCUAGAUCACCGUAAAGAAUAAAAAUAUCGAUUAUUUGUUCGAAUGGGCCCUUUCAAGAGUGCCUUGUUUAAAUUUUGGUUUUUUAUAAUAAUUUCAUAUAUCUUCUAUUAUAUCCCAUAUUCUAGCUACCGAGUCUAAAAGUUAAACAAGAGUUAUUCCACUGCUUCAAUCGGAAGUAAUCAUUCAGCAACUGUUAACAUAUAGUUUUUAUUUGUCUAUAACUAGUGUCGACUAUACCAGAACAAAAAUGAUUUCACUGCUCUGUUCUGCUAUAUUCCUUCUGGUUUGUUACUGUAAAUCUUUCUGAACUAUAUACAAUGAAUUUGUGUUCUUAUACACAGAUUCCUUUGUAACCUGCAAUAAGAGUGGGAAGAUGUGCAUAUACACCUUGCAAAUCCUCCAAAGAUUUGUGAGGUUGCGGUCAAAAAGCCUAAUAAGAGUAGACUCUUUUAUUAAAAGUCGAGCUUUCGAAACUGUUUAGUCUUCUUACCAAGGCAACUAAAAUACAGGGUGUUUUAAAAAGGUAUGUCAUAAAUUAAAUCACGCAUUCCGGGGACAAAAAUAAAUUGAUUGAAUCCAACUUAGCUUAGUACAAAAGUGUACACAAAAAAGUUACAGCCCUUUAAAGUUACAAAAUAAAAAUUGUUUUUUUGCAUUAUUUUCUAAAUUACUUGACAUUUUGUAAUAAAAAUGAACACGUUACUUCCUUGUUCUGAAAGCAUUUUUCAUAUAAAAAAAAAACAACAAAAUCUAAGUGCACAGAAAAAUUUUAACGGGGGUGUGCAGCCCUACAUUCCCCCAAACUUUUGAGUAAAUCAAAUGAAUUUUGUGGCAUCAUUAGUUUAACACAUUAUUUUUAAAACUUUUUUGCCUAUUAUCAAUUUUUCCCGAAAAACAGUUUUUUCCUCGUCCCCAUAAAAUUACAGUUAGUUUCUAGGGAUACAAUAAUUACAAACAGUUACAUCAAUAAUAGUCAAUAAUUUGAAGCUAUCAUUUAUUGUGUGAAUAAAAUUAAUAAUAAUUUUGAUAUUACAAUGGCCUACACAUUUCAGGAAAUGGCAGAUAUGCAUUUAACUUUGGGUAAGUUGGAUCAGAUUAAAUUAUUAUUUCAAUAAACUAUCGGGAAUAUCGUAGGUGAAUGUCUAGGAAAUAGGGCAGCAGCCGCAAGGCGUUAGGCAGUAAAACACCCCAAUCGAAAUACACCCGAUAGACGAUUAUUUCUGACCAUUGAUCAUCGUUUACGGGAAACAGGUACAUUCCAAUCGCAAGUUGCUGGCAAUAGUGGUCGUCCAAUAAUGGAUGCAACUGAUGAAGAUAUUUAGAAAUCAUUGAAGAAGUCCCUGGAACAAGUACAAGGGUAAUAGCUGCUAUAUGUUCCUCACGUAAGGGUUUGGAGACGUUUGAAGGAUCAGCUGCUUAAACCCUAUCACUUAACAACGGUUCAAGAGUUAUUGGUUGAAGAUUAUCCUAAAAGGAUUGGAUUUUGCGAUUGGUUGUUAAUGGAAAACACUCGAAAUGUUACUUUUAUUAGAAAUAUUUUGUUUACCGACGAGGCUACCUUCAGUAGAAAUUGAAUAACAAACUUUCAUAACGAGCACAUUUGGGCAGACGAAAAUCCUCACGCCAAAAAAACGACUAUCACUUUCAAAGAUCAUCACGACAAAAGGACUUUCAAAGUUAAUGUUUGGGCAGGAAUUGUGGAUAACAAUCUAAUAGGGCCAGUAUCUCUUCCCAACAAUUUAAAUGGUGAUAAUUAUUUGCAGUUCUUGGCAAACGAUUUACAAGAGUAUUUGGAAGAAGUGAAUAUUGCAAUAAGGAAAAUAUAUGACUUCUACAAGAUGGCGCUCCACCGCAUUACAGUAAUGAAGUCCGGGAAUACCUUUGCAGGUAGUAUCCUGGUCGGUGGAUUGGAAGGGGUCGUGACGCACCUAUUUCUUGGCCAUCCAGAAGUCCAACUCUUAACCCCAUGGACUUUUGCUUCUGGAUGUUUAUAAAAGAGAAAGUUUAAUCUGUAACAAUAGAGGACGAACAACAAUUGAGGGUUAGAAUAAUUGAAUCUGCAAAUCAAUUUCGUCAGAAAAAUAUGAUUUUUCAGCGCGUUCGGUUUUCUUUAUUAAAACGAUAUUGAAUGUGUAUUGAAGAAAAUGGGGGUCAUUUUGAACAUAUUGUAAUAUCAUAUUUAUAGAGGUUAUAGACAUUUUUUGUACUUGUUAAUUCAUUUAAGCCAUUUAUUUAGUUGCACGUAAUUUUUUAAGGGAUAAUGAAAAGGGCCGUAACUAAAUAAAAACUGUUUGUUGAAAAAAGUGAUAGAGGCAAAAUUUUUUAAAAAUAAUGUGUUAAACUAUAAUGAUGCCACAAAAUUCAUUUGAUUUGAACGUACUCAAACGUUUGGGGGGAUUUAGGGAUCACCCCUCUUAAAAUUUUUCUGUGCACUUAGAUUUUGUUGUUUCUUUUUUAUGAAAAAUGCUUUCAGAACAAGAAAGUCACGUGUUUAUUUUUAUUACAAAAUGUCAAGUAGUUUAGGAGAUAAUGCAAAAAAAAAACAAUUUUUAUUUUGUAACUUCAAAGGGCUGUAACUUUUUUGUGUACACUUUUGUACUAAGGUAAGUUGACAAUUGAGUUAACUUAAUCUACAAAUUAUGGAAUAACUAGGAAAAUUUCUUCAUAAAACUGGGCAUAGGUACAAGUGGAACCAAGAUUGGAAAAUAACAACGAAGGGCCAACAAUUCUGAAAUCUGAAAUCAUAAAUGCAAUUAAUCAUCUCAAAACAAAUAAAAGUCCA